AAAACUUCGGCAUAUUUUGAGAGGUGGUUCGGCGGCUGGAGUCAUAACUUUCGGACGACAUGGCCAUCAGAAAGCACUAAAACAGGAGGCGGGAGGAUGUCUGUGGAGGUGGAUUUGUUGCUGCAGGAGGCGAAGGAAAGCAUAGAGGCAGCCCAGAACUACCGCAGUGAACUCCAGCAGCGGCUGCAUGGCCUCAACCAGGCCCGCAAACAGGUUCGGGGCAGCUCGGGUCAGGCCCGUGAGGCCCUCCGGAGGCACUUUGCAGAGCUGCAGGUGGCGUCCACUCGGUUGCUGACAGAGCGACUGGCCAGCCUCCUGGCUGAGGUGGACACGAUCGAGGCCGACAGCAUCAAGCCUCUGGAUGACUGUCAGAGCCUCAUCGAGCAUGGCGUGGGCCAGGCCGACGAGCUGCUGAGAGAGGGAGAAGCAGCUCUGCGAUGUGGUCUUGGAGAGAAGGAGGACCAGCUGGGAAGUUUUACAAAGAAGGCCAUGCACAUCCAGCUGGACAGCCUGCCAGAGGUUCCAGCGCUGGUGGACGUGCCGUGUGUUUCGGCCCAGCUGGAUGACUCCCUGCUGGGUCUGCUCAGGGACCGGGUGUCCCGCCAUGGCUCCGUCUCCUCCCACCCGCCUGUACAGAUAGAAGAGCUGCAGGAGAGACCGGGUGGCAUCCUGGUCCGCUGGUGCAAGGUGGAUGAGGACUUCGCAGCAUCAGAUUACCGGCUGCAGUACCGGCGGUCCGGCAGCGGGGGGAGCCAGUAUGAGGACACAUACAUCGGUCGGGACUGCGAGUUUUUGGUUCUCCAUCUGGACCCCCACACUGAUUAUCUGUUCAGAGUCUGCGCCCGCGGGGAGGGUCGCACCGAGUGGAGCCCCUGGAGCAUCCCUCAGACGGGAUACACCACGUUGGCCCCACAUGAGUGGCGUUCAGGAACCGAAGGUUACAUCCUGAGCAGCAGGAAAAACAUCGCCCUGCGCAAUGACUCCUCCCAAACUCCCUGCCCCGUCCUCUACUCCAACGCCCCCACCUACUUCUGCGGCCAGACGCUGACCUUCAAGAUCUCUGCAGCUGGUCAGAUGGAUCGGCGGGACAGUCUGGGCGUGUGCAUCGACAGUAAGGUGGGGGAGGAGUCCCUUCAGAGGGACCAGGCUGUCUGCAUUUCUACCAAUGGUGCUGUUUUUGUCAAUGGUAAAGAGAUGACCAACCAGCUGCCCGCUGUCACCGUUGGCUCCGCUGUGACCUUUGACAUGGAGGUGGUGAGCCUGUUCCCCAUCAGCAACAACAACCUGAGCGAGGGGGGCAACUUCAAGCUCAGGGUGACCAUCGGUUCCGGGAACCGAGAGGUGGUGUUUGAUUGGCUGGUGGACCAGGCGGUGGACUGCCUCUACUUCGGCUGCUCCUUCGUUCACUCCGGCUGGAAAGUUCUUGUGUUUUAGAGGAACGGAUCGUCCGUUCAGCACUGUUAUCACGUCUCUCAUCCAAGGGGCUUUCAGGGUGGCUGCAAAGUCUGGAAAACAAAGAAAAAAAAUAGCCAUUUCUGCCCGCACCAUCAUCAUCAUCACGAGGAUGGAUCUAUCUGAUUAGGAAACCUCACCAGAGAUUACCACACCAGUAAAUGUGAAGAACCAUUUCUCCUCUAUCCUGUUACAUGUCAUCAGAAAAUCAACAACAUAGAACUUUUCAGUAUCUGCAGCUUUAUGACCUCUGAGCCAAAAACAGCUGAUUCUGUUCAGAUAAAAACAUGUUGCCCGGAGGAAGUUACAGCAAAUAGUUUAGCAGUUUUAAUGAGCAUGUGCAGCGAUUCAGUUCUACUAAUCUAAGAAAUGGACCUUUUACAUGCACCGAAGUUACGGGGCUGCAUCACUUAACAUCGGCUUAUCUGAGAUCUGAGACCCUAGAGAUGGUGGAUUGCUGAGAUCAGCUGAUAGAAGUAGUCCUAUUGCUGCCACAGUUGUGGAAAGGGGUCAACAGGUUUUUCUUAACAAAACCGGCUAAAAAUGCUCAUCAGUAAAGUAUCACCUGUUUUUUAGUGGAAAUUAGAUUUAUCCUGGUUGGUCUGCAGUCUGUGAUCCAACUCUUCAUCAGUCUUAAGCGAGAAGACGUUUGUGUUUGUUACGCCCUCUUUGUUUUAGUUCAACUCCUGGGCCUUCAUACGAGUUGGUCAUUGUUUACAGCUUUAUAGUUUUUGUUAGAAGAGGAAGAAAAAAGCUGAACGUGUAGGUCUUCAGUUUUUUUUAAUCUCAGAGAAUGAUCACUGUGAAAUUCAUACCUUCCUUUUGGUUUUUCUUUGCUUCUUAAAUGUAACUGAAAAAAGGCGUUUAAAAGGGACAGUUAGAUAACAGUGUUUUCUGCUCUGAGGCAGUUGAGACAAACUUUUUCUUCAGAUCAGAAGGAGGCGCUUUGAGGCAGUUUGGAGGUAAAUGUGAAGAUCUAAUAUGAAAGAAAUGCUUGUUUUUCUCCAUAAAUGUUUAUUUUCGCUGUCAGAAAGGCUUCAGCUUCUCUCUUCAGUCAGUGAAAACAGCUCGUCUGGUUCAGAGGAACAAACUUUGAGUUGUUUUUUGUCAUUUUUUUAAUUUGUGUUUUAACCAGGUUUCGCAUAUUUCAUCAUCUCAACAUAAAACCAGUGUUUAUUUAUUUGAAUUCGGGUUAGAUGAGAUGCUGGCUGCAGGCUGAAAGGAAGGAUAAAUCCAGCUUUAAACCUGAAUGCACCACGGCCUCAUCAGAGUAUGUGUGGACUGAGGUUUGUAGCAGAAUCUAUAAAGCUGAUUAUUUCUGGCAAUGAGGGUGAGCUUUGUUCUGGUUGAACUGUCAUUAAAGCAUCGUACUGUAGCUGACAAUCCUGACAGUUUUUACAUCAUCUGACAUGUUGAAUGUUGAAUGACGGCCAUUUUCAGUCCAGUGCUCUCACCCUGACUCCUCAUUGUCUCAUUAGUUUGUUGUGACAGGAUUGUAUUUACAUGGGAGACAUUUCUUACCAGCAUUGAACAUUUAGAUUUAAAAGCAAACAGGUGUCAUUUCAAGUUUUGAUGCGCAGCGUAGGAGCUGCCUCUGUUCAACCAGCAGGGGGCGCUGCAGCAAUGAAAAAGUCAUUUUAAGCCUUUUUUCCCCAUUUUUGAGGACACAAAACUCCAUCUGCUGCCUCAUUACUGCUAUUCUUUUGGUGUCAGAGCCUUAAAUUCUGUUCCUGGAUGAACAUCGAGUCAAGAAUGCAACAAAUAAUAAAACAUUGUCCUCAUGGGACGAAGUGUCUCUUAGUGUGUUUUCAUGACAUGCAGAUGUUAAAUUUGCAAACCUGAACAGAGGAAACAUAUCAGCAGAUCCUGCACAUAGUUGGCUGAUGGUGAAAAUAUAGGAAGGCUUCAGUGUUGGAAGAUCUACAGAAUUCAUUCAGCACCACUGACUUGUGUUUGGGCCAGAUCCAGCUGCCCAGCAUUGUAAUUUAAUAGCAGAGGUUUUCUUGUUUGCUCACCUGGGAUGUCAUUUCAGUGGAGGACGGUUUGGGCCUGGAUCUGGUCUAGUUGAUGGUACAAACUCCCACUGAAGCUGAACCUGCUGGUGAAGCCUCAGCAACGCAUUUGUGUUCACUGUUGGCAUCUUUCACAUUUUGUUCAAUAAAAAGUUGUGUUUUGAUCCACUGAGAAAAAAUGUUUCCUGCAGUUUUUUACUCUGGUAACGUUUAGCUGAACUUUCUGCACAAAACAAAUAGAAACUUUAAAAAAAAAAAAAAAAAAAAAUAAAGAAAUUUGUG